CUACUCACUUCUGAGAGCUGAACACUUCCUCAGUCCUGAGGUGAGUUUGGUAACAUUUCUCCUAUAUCUCUCAAACAUGUUAUAGAUUGUACUUGAUGUGUUGUACUUACACAUUUAGGGAAGCAGGUGUUUGUAAUGGGUCCGAAAGAGAAAUCUGCCACCAUGCUCAACACCACGUUUGUCCGUCCUGCAGCCUUUUAUCUUAGUGGAUUGUCCAACAUCUCUAAUGCAAACUAUUUCUAUGUUUUUCUGUGCUUCAUUUACAUCUUGACUGUCCUCGGGAACUGUUUUUUAAUAUUUGUAAUUUACCUGGUGAAGACUCUUCACACUCCUAAAUACAUGAUCGUGUUCAGCCUGGCUUUAACAGAUCUGUGUGGCAGCACUGCUCUCAUCCCUAAAGUCCUGGACACGUUCUUGUUUGACAGGAGAUACAUUGUCUAUGAGGCUUGUUUGAGUUACUUGUUCUUUGUGUGGUUCUUUGCCUUUGUACAGUCGUGGACACUUGUCACUAUGGCCUAUGACAGGUUUGUAGCCAUUUGCUUUCCUCUGAGGUACCACAGUAUUGUGACUAAACCAGCUGUUGCUUUGCUUCUCCUCUUUGUGUGGGUUUUUUCACUGAGUCUUUUAGCGACUGUUGUUGGAUUCCUUGACCGUCUCUCCUUCUGUCGGUCCUUAGUGGUAACAAGCUUUUUCUGUGACCAUGGACCAGUAUAUCAUCUGGCCUGUAAUGACACAACUGUAAAUUCUAUCUUAGCAAAAGUCGUCAUAACUGUAAUCAUGUUUAUCCCUCCAUUGUUAAUAGCACUGACCUACAUGUGUAUUGCUGUCGCACUUAGCAGGAUCGCGUCAGGAGUGGAACGACUCAGAGCUCUCAAAACUUGUACUUCUCACCUGAUUCUUGUUGCUAUAUUCUUUCUACCUCUCCUGGCCACUAACAUAGCUGCACUGACAUCCUACAUCCACCCUAACACAAGGAUCAUCAACUCUACUUUGACACACACUGUACCAGCUCUGCUAAACCCCAUCAUCUACUCUUUAAAGACUGAAGAAGUGAUGAAGUCUGUCAAGAGGCUCUUUAGAAACAAUAAGUUAAGAAAUGUGAACUUAUCCAGAAGAUGA